AUGCACGGUGUUCCCAAGAAGCUUCAGGGAGCAAGUCGCACCAAGUUCUGGGCUUUCCGAGCGGAUACGGCUUGGUAUAACUUGGUGCUCCCGGCUGUCUCUGGGCUAAGCCGUCCUUGGUCGCACGCCGGAUUUCUUUGGUCCAAUGAUCCUGAGGGAGCGGCUCUAGCUGGGUUGGAAGUGGCCACUGGACCUGCUGCAUGUCGUUCCGUGGCUCUGUCUGUUGGGCCAUCUGAACAAGGGGUUCAGCCGUUGCGACCGAGCCGAGCGGCUUUAGGUAAGCGUCGUAGGUUUGGCCGGGAUGCAUAUGUGUCGCUGUUGGAACGGCCGAACUGUACUGAGGGUGGGAUCCUGAUGGAAACAACGACGCUUUUGAUGGUGAAAUGGUCGGAUCGUUCCGACCGUGUCGUUGUGACGAAGUUUCGGUCGCGUCGCCUGGGCCAGGAUGGGCGUGGACGGCUGAGGCGCGUACUGGGCCGAAUUUCUGGGCCGUGGGAUACUUGGGGCUGUUCCGCCCCAAUGAUACGGCCAAAGCAUGGAGUGGGCCGCGCUUCAUUUUUUCUGGGCAGGUGGGUCCAGGAUUUACCCGCGUCGGUUGGGAUUGCCCCAGCUUUUUGGCUGAGAGUGCGGACCGUAACCUCAUGCCUGGGUGUGGGUAGGCAUUACCGGCAUCCCUUCCUGGAAAAGCGUCUGCAGUUCUGUAGAGAAUUUGUCAAUCACGGCCAUAAAGGAUGUCUCUAUCCUGAAGGCCUGCCUGUCCAUUAG